AAAUAUGUAAUUAGAGAAGGGAAGAUGAAGAAGACGCGCUCAGAGGAAGGUGAGGGUGGUCCCCAACAUGAAAAGCAGGUCAUCAUCUUCAUCACCACACACACACGCCACCGUAUGUCCUUCUCCAACUUGUCCCUUUGAUUGCCCAUAAAAGCCGGAACUUGUGUGCUCUCUUAACACUCCAUCCCACACCUCCCUCCCUUCUAUCCCUAUAUCUCACUCAUCCAUCACUCGAACCCUCACAGCCCAUAUCCAUGGAACCAAACAAGCCCUAUCUGGUCGUCCUCAUAGUUCAAACAAUUUAUGCUGCCAUGUUCCUGCUCUCUAAAGCUGCCUUCGACCACGGCAUGAACAAUUUCAUCUUCGUCUUCUAUCGACAGGCCGCUGCCACCAUUUUCCUCGCCCCUCUCGCUUUCUUUUUCGAACGGAAAAAUGCACCGCCCUUGCCAUUCGCGACCUUCUGCAAGAUAUUCUUUCUUUCCUUCUUGGGGAUAACCAUGAGCCUGGACAUUUAUGGGAUUGCGCUUGUUUACACGUCUGCAACUUUGGCUGCUGCUACUACUAACUGCCUUCCCGUCAUCACUUUUUUCUUUGCCCUUCUGCUCAGGAUUGAAAGUCUGAAAGCGAAAACAGCACCUGGGAUUGCAAAGAUGGUAGGAAUAGUGGCAUGCUUGGGCGGUGCGGCAACCCUCGCCUUUUACAAAGGACCUCACUGGCAACUUUUGGGGCAUCAUCACAUUUUGGGGUAUUCUCAUUCCAAUGCACGAGCUCAUAGUGUUCCAUCUGGCACCUGGAUAAAGGGUUGCUUCUUCAUGCUCCUCUCCAACACCUGUUGGGGGCUAUGGCUCGUACUGCAGGCCUUUGUCAUAAAAGGGUACCCUUCAAAGUUGCUUCUCACAACUCUACAGUGUUUCUUAAGCUCUAUUCAGUCUUUUGCCAUCGCCUUUGCCGUGGAAAGGGACAUUCAGCAAUGGAAGUUGGGUUGGAAUGUCAGACUCCUUGCCGUGGCUUACUGCGGAAUAAUGGUAACGGGGGUGACAUUCUACUUGCAAACAUGGGUUAUAGAGAAGAAAGGGCCGGUGUUUCUGGCCAUGUCGACUCCACUGGCUCUCAUCAUAACCAUCUUCUCAUCAGCAAUUCUGCUAGGCGAGAUCAUUAGUUUAGGAAGCCUAUUAGGAGGAUUGAUCUUGGUGAUAGGACUAUACAGUGUGCUGUGGGGAAAGAGCAGAGAGCAAAUGCCCAAAGCCUCACGUGACUUAGAGGUGGCAUCAGGAGUGUGAUCGUGCUAGAACGGUGGGGCAUCCGGACCUGUGUAUAUACAUAUAGGUGUGAAUGAAAAUCAAGGGGUGUCGAAUUGCGGAAUUGGUCCAUGUUGUCGAAAUUGUCUCAGACUUCGCAUUAUGGUGGACACUUUGUUGCCAAGAAGAUCAUGAACUUAGUAAUCAAAAACUGAAUCUACACUGCUUUCAGAGCUUCGUGCGAUGUUUUUAUCAAAAGACAUAACUCUCCCUAUAUUGUAAUACUUUUACUCAGCUUGUUGUCUUAGAGGGUAAUCUUUACUUUUCAAGGCAUGGUUUUUCUCCUUGUUUAUCUGAUAGUAUUUCCGUUGUACUUUUAAACAUUUUGGUUAUUAAUAUAUCCUUUUAUUUGUUUCCUUCCAAAAAAAAAAAAAGAAG